AUGGCGAAACCCCGCGGGGCGCCGCCGCUCCUCCACCCCCGCCCGCACCGGCGGCUCCUACGCUCGCCGAUCUCGCGCUGCGCCUGCCUGCUCCUCGCCUUCGCCGCGCUCCUCCUCCUCUCCUCCCUGCACCAGGUCGUGCGGGUCGACCUAUCCCGCCUGGACCCGGCCCCGCCCCGCCAGGCCCGUUUCGCGAUCCCUCCUUCUCCAUUUUGGUUACUGGGUAGUGAUGCUACCACUCUUAGAAAUCCAAUUGUCAUUGAAUCGAAGCAAAGCUUGAUGUUCAGGUGUCAAGCAAUCAACUGUGGGCUUCUAAUGGCUAUGGUUAUCAUGCUUGUGUUACACCAACCUCUAGAUAUAAGGGCUCCUGAUAUCAUCUUUACCCCAUUUUCUGAGAUGAUUAUAAUAUCUUCUUUGGUUUUAGUGGCUUUGAUUGUACAAGCUAUUCAAGGCAAAUCAGACAGCUACAUGACUGUUAGAAGUAAUGGAGGACUCAACCAAAUGCGCACUGGAAUCUGUGAUAUGGUCGCAGUUGCCCGUUUGGUGAAUGCAACACUUGUUAUCCCUCAGUUAGAUAAGCGAUCCUUCUGGCAAGAUACCAGUACAUUUAAAGACAUAUUUGAUGAGCCUCAUUUUAUUAAAGCUUUGGAAGGAGAUGUCCACAUUGUGAGUGACUUGCCUGAAAGUUUGCGAUCUGCUCCAAGAGCCCGGAAACACUUCACCUCAUGGUCUGGUGCAAGUUAUUAUGAGGAAGUGAAAGAGCUCUGGAAGAAUCAGAAGGUAGUUCACAUCCCAAAAUCUGACUCGCGUCUUGCUAACAACGGUCUUCCAAUUGAUAUCCAGAGAUUGAGAUGUCGCUGUCUUUACCAAGCACUGCGGUUUUCAGAUCUAAUUGAAGACCUAGGAAAGAAGCUAGUAGAGCGUCUAAGAUCUCGUGGAAAAUAUAUUGCUCUUCAUCUACGAUAUGAAAAGGAUAUGCUAGCAUUUACGGGAUGCACUUACGGUCUGAGUGAUUCGGAAGCAAAUGAGUUGAGAAUUAUGAGAGAGAGAACAAGCCACUGGAAACUGAAGGAUAUAAACUCAACUGAACAGAGAUAUGAAGGCAACUGUCCACUGACUCCAACUGAGGUGGGCAUUUUUCUGCGUGCUAUGGGCUAUCCUGAAUCCACAUGGAUAUACCUUGCAGCAGGUGAAAUUUAUGGUGGUAAAAAGUAUAUAUCAAAAUUGAGAUCGUACUUCCCAAAUUUGGUUAGCAAGGAGAUGCUAGCAACAAAAGAAGAGCUUGAGAAAUUCAAUAAUCAUGCAUCCCAAGUUGCUGCCCUUGAUUACAUAAUUGCAGUUGAAAGUGAUGUGUUUGUUCCAUCACACUCUGGCAAUAUGGCAAAAGCUGUAGAAGGCCAUCGUCGAUUUCUAGGGCAUCGUAAAACUAUCACUCCUGACAGGAAAGGAUUGGUGGAACUCUUUGAUUUACUGGGAAAAGGGGAUCUCAUGGAAGGUCCUAAGCUGUCGUCACUUGUUACUGAGAUGCAUAAAUACAGACAAGGGGCUCCAAGGAAGAGAUAUGGCUCCUUGCCAGGAAGCAAGGGCAGAGCUAGGCUUAGGACUGAGGAAUCUUUUUACGAAAACCCAUUUCCUGAGUGCAUCUGUUUGACUGGGAGGUACUGA